AUGGCUACCCGUGAUGCUCCCGGUUCCUCCCGGGACGCAGUUAUAAACAUUAGCAGCGAUUCAGAGUCCGAUUCGCCCUAUGCCCGAAGCCGUCAUCCUACUGUUAGCGCACAGCGGCCAAUAUGCCAAUGGCGGAACUCGACCUUCCAUGAUCAGGAAUGCUCCCACUACUUUGACUGCCCUACCCACGUGGUGGAGCGAGUGAUAUCGGACGGCGAAUCCCAGGGUGAUGACGAAGGUAGGGCACGCCCAGAUCAACCAGACCAGUCCGACGGGGAACAACCACAACUUGGGGAUGUGUCUCCUUUGAGCGAGAGCGAGGAUGAGGGAGGUGUAGUCAUGUCCAGCCCGAAUGCUUCUCGGGGCGUUUCGCCUUUGCCUUCAAGCCCGGCAAGAGGCGGGUAUGAGACAACCACGGUGGCGGGAACAAAUCAUCCUUCCGUACCGGGGGAACAACAGGGGGACGGCACAUUUCCAGUCAACACCGAGAACUUACCUACAACACCGCUCACGGGGUCGGCCGAAAACCUAAUUACCCUCAGUGAUUCCCCGGUGCAAACAAGAGGCCAGCCACAGCUUGGAUAUUUUGCACAACAUGCUACAAGUACCGGUGAGUAUGGGUCAGGGCCGGUAACCACGCCGAGCCCUGGACCCUCGCGUGGUGGUGUACCUUCGAGACUGCGCGAAGUAUUCGAAAGCCCACCAACUCCUACCACAGAUCUUUCACCGAGGUUGGUGCGAGGCCUGUCUCAACAACCACCUCCGGCACAGCGCAGGGUAUUGGAGGAGAUAGUGCUGCCCCGGUGGCAGCCAGACGCCGAGGUGACUUAUUGUCCCAUUUGCCAUACCCAGUUUAGCAUAUUUGUCAGAAAGCAUCAUUGCAGAAAAUGCGGGCGUGUGCCGGCCGGCACGCCCCGUUUAGCUCCGAGAUACGCGGGCUCGUUUUUAGGUGGAGACCCGCGAUCCCCGGACUUCAGUGUCCUCGGCGGCGGCGAACGGGUCAGGUUAUGCAACCCCUGUGUUCCAGAUCCCAACACGGCUCCGCCGCAAACGCAAGCCCAGGGUUCAAGCCAUUCGCGGUCUCACGGCAAUGUCGCCGGUGGAUCUCAGGGCGGUGGUGGUGAAGCCGCCUCGACCGACUACAGUAACAGAUGGAGCUCGUAUUUCGGGCCGUCGCCCUCAUCUGAUGGACAGUUCAGAAAUAGAAGUGUAACUCUGCAACCCACGGUCACGACGUUGCCAUCUGGAUCUAACAACAUAUUUAUCUCCACUGCCCCGAUGGAGAGCCGUAUCAUGUCUGGUACCCCGCCGGUAUACUACCAGUCCGGCUCCUCUUCCCAUUCUCACCCGUAUCGUGGGCUAACAUCUCAACAACGGUACCGGUCUUUACUUGAUAUUGGUGAGCGGCCUGGACCUUCAGCUGGACCGUCUUCGUCAUCCAGUCCCGAUGUCAACCGCCGUUUACCUCCAACUCCACGAUCACACAGCCGUCACCAUCACCAUCAUCAUCAUCAUCAACAACAACACAUCAUUCCCGAGGAAGAUGAGUGUCCGGUCUGCCAUAGGGAGCUUCCAUCACGCAAUCUUCCCAACUUUGAGACUCUGCGCGAAUCCCACAUAAACCAAUGUAUAGCCACGCACAGCGCGUAUAACGGCAGUGUGCGUCCAGCAGUGACUGACGAGAACGGAGAGGGAAGCAGCGGAGCCAAUACUUCUUCACUACCACCAGCGCCGCCACGGCGGACCGGAAUGUUUCCAUACACAGCGACGGAGAAAGACUGCGUGGACUCGGCGGAGUGCACUAUUUGUCUGGAGGAGUUUGAGCCUGGGGUGGCCAUGGCUAGGUUGGAGUGUCUGUGCAGGUUUCACAGAGCGUGUAUAAGUGCGUGGUGGGAGAGACACCCGGGCAGGUGUCCUAUGCAUCAACAUGAUGGGUUUGGAUAUUGAAGGGCAUUAGGGCAAAGGGCGAAAUGAGUCUGAUCAUUGGGGUCUGGUGGUGCUGUCUGGAGUCAUGUUUCCUUUUUUGUGGGAUCUUUUCCUGGGUCCAUUCAUUGCAUGUUGUCUGUUUCUCUUUCAUCGCAUGGCGGUUGUCUUGUUGGGGUUGACAAAUCAUCAAGAUAGUACGGACGUGAUUCUUACCUGGGCAAUUUCCUGACUCAAGUAGCUUACUCUAGGCUGGAAGGACCACACAGCGAAACUGCGUGUCGGAUAGAAGUAAUGUACGUCAGACACUGGGAUUGAUUGUGUUAAUCAGGAUUUGGGCUCAUUAUGCCAUGAUUCUCCUCAGCUGGAACGUCUACAAGUAUGAGUGCAAACUGCGUCAUGAAGAAUACAUGGGGCUUUGCCCCUAAUGUUUACAUGAUCCUGACUCCCUGAACUGUCCGCUCCGCUCGGCUCCUGACACCUAAGUUGAUCAAGU